GGUAUGACUGUCGCUGCCAGUGAUCACACAAGACUCCAGAUCUACCCAGGGAGCCCGUUAGGAGUUGAGGAUCCUGAAACGUAGCCUAAGGAGCCCACUGGCCCGCGAGCAGGGGUGUCGGAAACGGGCCUCCGGCGCUGGCCCAGGCAGAGGGGAUGGUGCCUUUUUCGGGGCGAGCCGUCAGCCGACCCCCAGUGGCGCCCGCGUCCCCGAGCCAGAACCGCCAGGGCCCCGGCCUCCCAGACAGACUUCAUCCGAUGGAGCCCCAGGGUGAGAAGCUGGCAGAGGCAGACGGGGUGCGUGUCACGCCCCAGCUGCUCAAGUCUCGCUCGGGUGAGUUCGCCCUCGAGUCCAUCCUGCUGCUGAAGCUCCGGGGCCUGGGGCUGGUGGACCUGGGCUGCCUGGGGGAGUGCCUGGGGCUCGAGUGGCUGGACCUGUCGGGCAAUGCGCUCACCCAGCUGGGCCCACUGGCCUGCUUGCGCCAGCUGGCGGUGCUCAACGUGGCCGACAACCGGCUGACGGGGCUGGAGCCGCUGGGCGCCUGCGAGAGCCUGCAGAGUCUCAACGCCGCGGGCAACCUGCUGGCCACCCCCGGCCAGCUGCAGUGUCUGGCUGGCCUGCGGGGCCUCGAGUACCUGCGGCUCCGGGACCCCUUGGCCCGGCUCAGCAACCCGCUGUGCACCAGCCCUUCCUACUGGGCGGCCGUCCGAGAGCUGCUCCCCGGCCUGAAGGUCAUCGACGGCGAGCGCGUGAGCGGGCGGGGCAGUGAGUUCUACCAGCUGUGCCGCGACCUGGACAGCUCCCUGCGCCCCGGCUCCAGCCCCGGCCCCCGAGCCACGGAGGCCCAGCCCUGGGUAGAGCCGGGCUACUGGGAGUCGAGGCCCACCCGGAGCAGCUCCAUCCUGGAGGAGGCCUGCCGGCAGUUCCAGCACGCCCUGCAGGAGUGCCAUGACCUGGACCGCCAGGCCAACGACAGCCUGGCCCAGGCCGAGCGGGCGCUCAGCCCUGCAGGCACCACCUCGUCCUUUGUGUUUUGAGUAUGCCCGUGGCCUGUGACGGCUGGGCACACUGUGGCCUGGCUGCCCGCAUCUGCCGCCCGGCUUUGGUGCAUGUCUUCAGUUUCAUCACGCUGGCCACGGGGCCUGCAGACCAGGCUCUGUUUUCUACGUGUUGCUAAGAGCAGUGCCCCCCCCACCCCCGCUCCUUCCGGAAAAUUCCACAUCUCCCUGCACAUAGUUCAAGGACGCGCCUCCCCAGUGGCCUCUAGCAGGGGUAAGGGCCCUGCUCAAGCAGCCGGCAGAGCGUGAGGCCGUCCCGCCACCUCCGCCGUGAGCCUGGGAGGGAGGGUCCGCGCGCAGCCGCGUCCACAGCCGCUGCCCCCCCCAUCCACCGGCCGCUUGGUCUGAGGCUCAGGGGAAGAGAGUUGCUUCUUCCUAAGGCUAGAGGUGAGAAAGGCAGGGAUGGGGUGUACGCUGGCCCAGCCGGUCCUGGGAGAGGAGGGGGCAGAGCCGGGAAGCUGGUGUUGGCCCACCUUCCAAAGUUGCCUGUCCCAGUGACCCUCUGCUCUGGUGGCCCCGUCCUGUGUCACCCUGGAGCCCUCGUUGCCCGUUCUCACGCAUGUUGAUCCCUAUUAAAUCUUUCUGUUCUAAUAAGCA